CACGUCGGGUCUUUCACCGAGAUGGGAACAGCAGGUUGAAUGUCGCGUACGACACCUCUGCACGUUCUCAUUACCAUAUAUACCGUUUUCUAUCUCGAACGUACAUAUGGCCAUGUGGGCAGCCGAUCGUUCGCCCCUAAUUAGCCACAUGGCGGCUUUCCUCGGGGAAAGUGGCACGGAAACGCCAUUUUUCCCCUCGGAAAAGUCGGCCUCGGCCUUGAAAACGUCCUAAUCUCAUCAAAAAAUACAUCACAAAUAGUGAUAAUCGAGCAGAGAUUCAGUGUCGUUGGUGGUGUGUGUGUGUGUGUGUGUGUGUGUGUGCGAAAAAAUGGUGAAAAUGCGUUUUUUGACUAUUAAUAACCGCGCCGUUUUAAAAACGGAAACGCACCCCGCCGACCGGAUACACUUCUCGGCAAUUACACAAAUAAACACAGGAAACUUUGGCAGUAAACAUGGUUUUAUUUGCGUCGAUGCAUCGGUUUGCGAUUAAUCAGUUCGAUUAAAAUAUUCAUAGAGAUCAAAGACGCAUUUGAGGCCACACGCACUGACACAAUGACUCGCAUAAUGCACUUCCGGCCGGAAAUCUAAUGAAGUUAUUAUUCCUCGUCCAGUAACUAACACAACCCUUCAUCCAUUCGCCGUUUCUUUGAAAAUUUUCUCAUGGGAAUUUCUCCGAGAUCAAGAUCGCGGACGUGAUUCGAAUCUGGAAAAAUCACGACUUGAUUUUUCUUAAAACGCCAUAAAACUAUAAAUAGUUUUGACUUUUGAAAGCAAUUAGGGGUGCACGAGAUUACCAACAGAUGGUAGGAAACGGAACCGGUAUUGUUACCUGCGAUCGUAAAAGCCGGAUCGGACGUCCUAUAUCCGGUACACGAUGCACAAUAACAACACCGGAAGAAUGGUUAAGCGAUGGAAUGUUGGCCAUUUCCUAAAACCACAGAUUUGACUCAUUUGGGGUGAUUCACGACGCUAGGGGCGGAUUCCGCUGCGGUUAUUUUUGAAUUCUGACACCUAGAGACAUUUGUCGACGGAAUUUUAAAUAUUUGAGACAUAGCAGCAGUGCGGAAGAGUGCUUGGCUCGGCAGAAGGUCCCCGGUCAGGAGUCGAGCACCAUGUGGCUCCUCGACAUCCCCUCUCACAAUGACUGUGAAAAACUGCUGUGUUUCCGUUACUACGACGGCUCAACUUUAGAUUAUUUGGCUCAGACCGAUUCUCUGAUAAUAAAACACCCGACCGACAAGUUAAAAAAAUUGAUAAAAGUGAAACAAAAACACAAGUGCAAUGGUAUUGAAAACGACGCGUUUCAGGACGAAUCUGAGAUUCCGACUUUGAAAAGUUCGAAUUCUCUUGAAGAUCUGAAUACGGGAGUGAAGAAGAAGGCGGUGAACGGGUUAGUGCGGUCUGAGAGUACGAAUAUGGGAGGUACGAAAAAGAAGAUUCGGUCCAAAUUGAAUCAGAAGAGUCCGAAUAAAGAGUAUUAUCAGAUUUGGACGGCUUAUAGUAAAUCGAGUGCCAAAGAUGAGGAGGAGGGGUGUAGUUUUGAUUCAGAGGCACAGUCGGCUCCGCCUUUGCCGCCGAGGAUCAAUCACCGGCCGCUAGAGCGGUCACAUGCACUUGUAGCCCCGCCUCCUGCUGUUCUCCGGCAAAACAAGCCGAAGAAGAUGCAAAAGCCGGAAGAUACGUUUAAUUUCGAAUUAAUCGAUACUGAUGAAGAUUAUAAGACGUCAUCAGCGGCGUCGUCAGCGUCCGAUGAUGCGAAUUUGUCCACGUGUAAAAUCAAAGCUGCCUUUCUCGAAAACGGAAAGAAAUUAAUCGGGAGUGACAAUUAUAUAACUACAGUCCUAUCGAAAAAUUUAGACACUAAUUCUAGUCCCAAAGCAAAUGCUCAUUUAAAUUUAGAAUCUAAAGAUAGUCAAAGUUCGCUUUCGACUCAAAGUAGUAGUUCCCUCGACGGCGAUACCACCAAUCCUGAGUUGGCUUUGAAACCACACAAACCCCUCACUCGCCAACUCCCCGAAGCCACACCCGACACUCCCGUCCACAAACCGAGGCCACACCCUAAAGCGCUCGAUCGUGUUGCUGGAUUGGCUGGUACACUCCCUGUGUGUCCGCCCACGCCCACUCACCGGUCACGCAAACCGCGUAACGCUGAAUUAAGACCGCCCACGCUCAAAUCGAACGAGUUGUCAUUGGACGGGGCGGAGAAUGCGGCGGGGCUUGAAGUGAAACAGGCGGAUAUAAGGCCAUUGGAGAGUUUAGAGGGGUGGAGCGAGGCCAAACCAGCCAAAGACAACCCGAGAUUGAGUCUAAUCGCAUUAUCCGAAUUGAGGAAUGUUGAUAGGAGGAGCCCCGAAGUGAGGAGUCACGAUUUGGUGAGGGCGGAGGCGAGUGGAGGGAUACCAUUGACAUUGCAAAGAUUGAGCACGACAAGGUUACCCUCGAUUCCGGAGAGGAGUCACCGGAUUUUGACCGUGGCGGAGAUUCCGGGAGAGCACGAAGAGCCAUUACCUCCGUCAUGGGAGGCGAGGAUGGAUAGUCAUGGGCGUGUGUUUUACAUCGACCAUGCGACGAGGACAACGUCCUGGACACGUCCUGGAGGUAACACUUGUUCCGUUUUGGGUAGUGGUGGCGCUGAACAACACCGACGCCAACUCGAUCGAAGAUACCAGAGUAUCAGAAGGACGAUAAGUUCGAAUCGUUUGGACGUGAUCGACUUUUCGGCUGCGCCCCCAGGUUGUCGUCUCUUGACUCGGCCUGAUUUUUUUACGAUUUUACACAUGAAUCAGGAUGCCUUAUCUUUAUACAAUAGAAACCCUACACUUAAGCACAUGAUCGUGAAAAUUCGUCGCGAUCCGGCCGUUUUCGACAAAUACCAACAUAAUAAAGAACUAGUCGCCUUAGUGAACAUGUUUGCCGAUACUUCCAGUGAUUUACCGGAAGGUUGGGAUACGAAAAAAGACAGAAACGCAAAGCAAUUUUUCAUCGAUCACGUGCACAAAAAAACUACUUAUAUGGAUCCGAGAGUGCCGACCGAACCGGUUUCGUAUUCGAGACGAAUGUCGGAAGACGGACAGGUUCCGGUCCCACCGCCGAGACCUACGACCACAACGAGUUUCGUGUCGACGAAUGUGCCCGAAGUGCCGGUGGCUUACAACGAUAAAGUCGUGGCCUUUUUGAGACAACCAAAUAUUUUCGAUAUUUUACGCGAGAGACAUCCACCGAUUGGGACGAGCUUGUCGCUGAGAGAUAAGGUGAAUGCGGUGCGGGUUGAUGGAACGGCGGCUUUGGAUAGACUGAGCCAUGAUGUUCAUCUCACAAUACUUCUAAGCCUUUUCGAGCAGGAGAUUAUGUCAUAUGUCCCUGCGGUGGACUCGCGUAGUACAACACGCAGUCCGCGAGGCUCACCGCAGCCCUCGCCUAUCGCCUCGCCCGGCUUGAGUCGCCACCGCGUUCCUGCCCCCCACAAACGCGACUUUGAGGCCAAAUUGAGGAAUUUCUACCGGAAGUUGGAGAGUAAAGGCUACGGACAAGGACCUGGCAAAUUCAAAUUGCACAUCCGGCGCGAGCAUCUGCUCGAAGACGCUUUCAGAAGGAUUAUGUCGGCAAAUAAGAAGGAGUUGCAAAAGGGGAAGUUGUGCGUGGUUUGGGAUAAUGAAGAGGGAUUGGAUUAUGGGGGCCCCAGUCGGGAAUUCUUCUUCUUACUCUCAAGGGAACUCUUUAAUCCCUAUUAUGGACUUUUCGAGUAUUCAGCCAAUGAUACUUACACAGUGCAGAUCUCCCCCAUGUCGGCGUUCGUCGACAAUUACCAUGACUGGUUUAGGUUUAGUGGUAGAGUGCUCGGUUUGGCCCUCGUCCAUCAGUACCUCCUGGACGCAUUUUUCACGCGUCCUUUCUACAAGGCGUUGUUGCGCCUCCCCGUGGCCUUGUCCGACCUUGAAAGUCUCGAUUUUGAGUUCCAUCAGUCCCUCCAGUGGAUCCGAGAGCACGACGUCUCCAUGCAGGGGGAACUUGAGCUGACUUUUGCCGUCACGGAGGAGGUUUUCGGCCAGGUUUUGGAGCGCGAACUAAAACCGGGCGGCCGUAACGUUCCAGUAACAGAAAAAAAUAAAAAAGAGUACUUGGAGAGGAUAGUGCGUUGGAGGUUGGAGCGAGGCGUCUCUGAACAAACCGAAUCCCUAGUUAGAGGCUUCUAUGAAGUCGUCGAUCCAAGACUGGUGAGCGUGUUCGACGCUCGCGAAUUAGAGUUAGUGAUCGCGGGUACCGCCGAAAUCGACUUGGCGGACUGGAGACAGAACACGGAGUACCGAGGGGGGUACCACGACCAGCAUCCGGUGGUGGUGUGGUUCUGGCAGGCGAUUGAGAGGUUUAGCAACGAGCAACGAUUGAGGCUGCUCCAGUUCGUGACGGGGACCUCGAGCAUCCCGUUUGAGGGUUUCUCGGCUUUGAGGGGGUCUAUUGGCCCCCGCAAGUUCUGCAUCGAGAAGUGGGGCAAGCCAAAUAGUCUUCCAAGGGCCCACACGUGUUUCAAUAGGUUAGAUUUGCCCCCGUAUCCGACGUCGGAGGUUUUAUACGAGAAGUUGUUGUUGGCUGUUGAGGAAACGAAUACUUUCGGGAUUGAGUAGUUACUUAAUUGUGUGCUUGAGGACAGGAGGAGGGUUUGUUAGUUGUUCCUUUGCGCCGUUUAGAGCCAGUAUUGAGUUUGCUGAUAGCUGGUGUAUUGUUCACACUUACUUACCAAAUAAUUUGUACAUUUUCGUCGCAUUUCUAAUGUAAAUAAUAUUUAUUUGUUUAGAAUCUGAUUAGUUGUAUGGGUUUCUUUAGUCAUUUUAUGGAUAAAAACUGUUUUUAUUUAUGUAAUUUAUUGACGAGUUUAAUAAGUGUUUCGUUUACUAGUUACCACGUAAGAUUAAUCUUUUUAUGAAUCUGAAAUACGAAAAGUUGUGAUUAUUGUAAUUCUAGUCAGUUGUCAUUAUUCUGGAUUCUUUUAAAUGCACAAAAUGUUUUAUACUAAGAUUUAAAUAUGCCAACGUUUUAGAUUAUAAUUGUUUGUGUAUUGGUAUAAUUAUAUGAGCUAAAUUUGUAACAUUCCAAGAAAAUACAUAUUUGUUAC